AGGUGACUGGGGACAGGAUGGGGCUUAGGGUGAGGCCCUAGGGUCCUAUGUGUGGUGCUUGGGACAAGGGUCUGCAACGCCUGGGCCAUGGUGGGGGACCAAAGGGCAGGGGACACCGUGGUGUCACUGUGAUGAAGAGAAAGAAGUAAGAGCUGAGGAAGGCCCAGGGCUUUGUGCUCAAGCUGGCGGCAGGUGUGUGUUUGAGAUUGUCACAGUAACUGUGGGCAGCAGAUAUUACAAUCCCCUGCACUGCUAAGGAAGACCCACUCACCAACAAAGGUUGGGUGAUGCUUGCAGCAGUAUUGGUAGGACGGAAGUCUGUUUCAGCCCUGGUAGAAGACAUAUCUGCAACCUCUCUGGCUGAGACAAGGUUGCAGCCUUGAACAGGGACUCUGGGUAAGUUAGGCUUGCUGCACGGGUUCUCAUGUGAGGCUUUCUGUCUUCUCCAGCGCAGCAGCAGCGUGCAGGGACUCUUCAGCUAUCUCUGUGGACUUUGAGAUUCACUGUCACCCUCCAUGGCUCCUUACCACAUCCGCAAAUACCACGUCGGAGACCACAAGCAGGUGCUGGCCCUGUUUGCCCAGGGCAUGGAGGAGCACAUCCCUGCAACAUUCUACCGCCUGUUGAAGCUACCCCGAGCCCUCCUGCUCUUGGCUGGAGUGCCCCUCAUGCUCCUCCUGGUCUUUGGCUCCUGGCUCCUGGCCCUGUUAGCAAGCCUCACCUUCCUUGUGGUCCUUAGGUUUGCUACGGCAUAUCCCUUUAAAUUAUAUAUUGCCAUGAGUUUGCAGACAGACAUGGCUGACAUUGUGAAAACCUACCUGAGUGGCAGAGGCUCCUGCUUCUGGGUGGCUGAGUCUGAGGGGCAGGUGGUGGGCACAGUGGGAGCUCUGCCCGUGGAGGAGCCCACCUUGCGGGAGAAGCAGCUGCAGCUCUUUCACCUGUCUGUGGGCAUGGAACACCGGGGUCAGGGCAUAGCAAAGUCCCUGGUCAGGACAGUCAUCCAGUUUGCCCGGGACCAGGGCUACAGUGAGGUAGUCCUGGAGACCAGUGUAGUGCAGUCAGCUGCCCUGAGCCUCUACCAGGCCAUGGGCUUCCAGGUUGUACGCCAUUCUUACUUCCACAUAAGUGCAAAGCUAAUAGAGCUUACUAUCAUUCACUUAGUCUUGACACUGUCUUCAGCUCAAGGAAUGGGGCUCUGACCUAUGU